AUGAGAGGCACCAUAGCAAUCGAAGAAGCAAUUAUCGACCCCACCGGCGUAGCCAGCCUUUCACAAUGGCACAACCUCCUCGCCCCAGCACUCUCAGCCGGCACCUCCACCGAGACCGUAACGCUCACCGCGCACGAGAAGCGCCUCUUAGACAUCCACGACCUCCGCUUAAAAGCCAUGGAUGAACACAGAGUAGAAUACAUGCUCCUCUCCUUAACCUCGCCUGGAGUCCAAGGCGAGCCGAAUCCAGAGAAGGCAGAGAAGAUGGCAACGGUAGCUAACGACUACCUCGCUAAAGAAGUGAAGAAAAAUACAAAGCGGUUCGGAGCACUAGCUGCACUUUCGAUGCAUGACCCUUCGCAAGCAGCGCAAGAGUUAAGGAGAUGUGUGAAAGAAUUAGGCAUGUUCGGCGGCCUAGUGAACGACUACCAAAGCACGGGCGAAGACGGAGGCGGAAAGGAUUAUUUCGAUACUGACAAAUAUGACCCCUUCUGGGCGAUGGUGCAGGAGCUCGAUGUGCCCAUUUACUUCCAUCCCAAAUAUGCGAUCCAACAGGAUUUGGAGCCGGGCACGAAGUAUGGGGAUCGGAAGCACUUGCUCGGCGCGGGGGUGCAGUUUCAUCUAGAUUUGUCAUUUCAUUUGUACGCUGUUUGUUCGAGUGGGGUGUUUGAUAGGUUUCCUAGGGUGCAGAUUGUAGCAGGGCAUUUGGGGGAGAAUAUUCCGUUCAAUCUUUGGAGGGCUUGUCAUUGGUAUAAUCAUCCCAAUAAGAAGGGAUCGAGGCCAUCGAAAGAGGACUAUAAGUACUAUUUCACGCACAACGUGCAUAUCACCACCUCUGGGAAUUUCUCGACGCCUGGGUUGAAAUUUUGCAUUCAGGAACUUGGGGUUGAGAGGUGUUUAUUCGCGAUUGAUACACCGUAUGAAAAUGUGAAGGAAGGACAGGAUUGGUGGAAGACUGUGGAUCUUCCAGCGGAUCAGAAGGGGAUGGUUGCAAGAACGAACGCGAUUAGGUUAUAUAAGCUGCCUUUGGAAGAAUAA